AUGUCUCCUGUAUACUCUAUCAUCUUUGCCAUUGCUGCUUCUACCGUAUCUACUCGUGCGAUCCCCAUCUUGCAACCCACAGAUGUCCUCCGACUAGAUGCCAACGGCUCCUUUCAACUCAGUAUCUUCAGCGACCUACAUUUUGGAGAAGCUGAAGAUACACUUUGGGGACCGGAGCAAGAUGUCAAAAGUGCUAGAGUUAUGAACUCUGUCCUCGACAAUGAGCAGACUACUGGCCUAGUUGUUCUGAACGGAGACCUCAUUACCGGCGAAAACACUUUCUUACACAACUCUACCAAGUAUGUGGACUCUGUCGUAGCCCCUCUGGUUCAGCGUGGCAUGAGCUGGGCCAGCACAUAUGGCAACCACGAUAGCGACUUCAAUCUUUCACGCAAAGGCAUCUUCGCAGAAGAAUCGAAAUAUUCGUUGAGUCGCACAAAGAACAUGGUUUCUGCAUCUGAUGCGGGUGUAUCAAACUACUACCUGCCCGUCUACGGCAAUGAUUCGGUUGUCCCCGAGUUCUUGCUCUGGUUCUUCGACUCUCGUGGUGGCAACUAUUUCCAGCAGGAAUCCGCAUCUGGAACGCCGGUCCCACAGCCCAACUGGGUCUCUCAGAGUGUUGUCGAUUGGUUUACCGAAACCCGAUCUGCCUUGGAGAAGAAGCAUGGGCAUGUCGUACCCAGUGUCGCGUUUGUCCAUAUACCUGUCAACGCCAUGGCAGCUUUCCAAACCACGGGCGUGAACGCGAAUCGCGAGCCUGGUAUCAACGACGACAAUCCGCUGGCUCAACAAGGCUCUGCUUCGGGCCAAGGCGAGGUUAGCGGCACGACAUUCAGCUACAAUGGCCAGGAUAUACCCUUCAUGCAAGCCCUCCUCGAUACCAAAGGUCUCAAAGCAGUGUUUUCAGGUCAUGAUCACGGCGAUGACUGGUGCUUCAGAUGGGACUCAAAGCUGAAGGGUAUGAACCUGACUGGCAAUGGACUGGAUUUAUGCUUCGGCAGACACAGUGGAUAUGGUGGUUACGGAUCAUGGACUCGAGGCAGUAGACAAGUUGUGCUCACGAAGGGCAAGGAAAACGUCGAGACGUGGGUGAGGCUGGAAGACGGAAGCGUCAGUGGCAGAGUCACUCUCAAUGGGACAUAUGGGCAGGACUCGUACCCUGCUGUGCGAUCAUAG